GCUUUCACCUAACAUGACCGCAGACUCUCUUUCCGGACUCGUGGCACCGCUUUCAGCCAAGCUUAUGCAGAUCUCCGCGCUCCUCAGCGUGGAACACGAUGUCCUGGGUGACAUUGCUCUCUCGCUGCAAAACCAGACGGUCUACGCGGAUCUCUUCCGCGAAUUCACAGCCAUUAUCCCCGCAGAGGUGCAAGGAGACGCGGCGCGAUGCGCGAAGGUGGUUGAAUUGGCAUAUUCGAGGUUCCAGGCCUCACUUACCGGCAGCUGCUUCGACGGUGUAUCGCAGACAGAUGGGUUCGUCCGCCAGGUUAUUAACAUGGCCGAAUUUGCCUUCAGCAUGGGGGGAAAGCUCGGGGAGAUCCCGUUUCUGCUCAUCUACGAUGCUCUCAUCUACACACCGGACUCGCGCGUAGUGCACGAGAUCUGGCACCGGUACGUGAACUCACCGGUUAUACUCGCGCGGUUAAAACAGAUGCGCUUGGUGGGUGCGCGCCGGCCCGGGACGACGCUUGUGUUGCUCGUGAACCAGCUUACGAAGACGCUCCGGCUCGUGCAAUCACCGGAGAACUAUGAUUUUAUGUAUGAAUUGCAGACAUUCAUCGCGGAGAUCUUGCCGUUCAACGAGAUCACCUUUCAGAACCGCUUGCUCGACGUAAACGAGCGCGACGUGGCGGCACGGUAUCCGGGAGUAGCACAGGCUGAAGGGAAGAAGACGAAUGAGAUGAUCUUUCGUGACUUUUGGUACCUCCAGAGCAUCUUCUCCAACCCGUACGACAUCAUGUCGCGCAAGCUCGCGCGCGACUACGAGAUUGAGCGCGGCUUCAUCAAGCUCCAGGGUGCGGUCGACAGCUUACUCGACUACUUGGUGGGACUUGACAAGGACGACAAGAGUUUGAAGGAGCCUGUGGAUCCGUACCGUGUGCUGCCGCUCAAGACGCCCAGGCCGGAGGACCUCGAGAAGUAUGUGCGCGAGGACGUGCGCGUUACGUUUCCCCACACCCCUGACACGUUGGUCAAGUACCUCGAUUUCCACACCAACCGGCUUGUCAUCUUUAACCAGAUCUACAUCCUCUUGAGCUUGUACGACGUGGUGGCGGAGCCCCGAAAGGCGCUCGCCAAAACAGCCAAGUAUGCGGCCAAUCCUGCCGCUAAGGCCAUAGAGACAUCGCCGAUCGAUGUGCUCAACCUGAACCUGUAUGUGCCUGGCCGCGUUGUCAGUUGGCUUGUGAAAACGCGCGCGUCCAUCCCCAGCCACUUCAAGUCCUUGAAGUUGACCACGCUCUAUGUGCAGAGCGUCGUGGCCAGUGACAGCGACCUCACAGCCUGGCUUCCGUACGUGAUCGACGGUUUCCCGGACUUCUGGACCCAACAAGAGCUCAGCGCCGAGCAGCGCGAGGCCACCUUGUCUGAGAUGGCUGCUGCCUUUACUCGCCACCAGGCGUAUAAGAAGCGUUUCUGGACGCAGAUGAUGAACCCGCAAUUGAACAAGGUUUGGAAGGGCCCGCAGGGUGAGGAGAUGACCACUCUACCAAAGAAUGAGGGUGAGUUCAAUGAAGACGAGCGCAAGGUUAAGGAGUGGCGCAGCGCGAGGCGAGCCGACACGUUUGCAGCGUUUCAGGGAGAGGAAGCUGAGGCUAGCGUAGACGAAUUGACGGCGCUUGAUGCGCAGCUUAAGGAGUAUACUGUGGAGUACGAGAAGCACAGUGCUGCGUUGGACUCGAGAAAGCGGUCAGGCGAGGAGAAAGACGAGCCAAAACCGGCUAAAAGAGCAAAGUUGGAGUACUGAUGGGCUGUAAUUUAGAUAUCAAGGAAGAUAGCAUAUGUGGAGGGUAGGAUACUUGGGAUCAGAUAGGUGGCCUAUUGAUUAAUAUCGAGAAACGUAGAGGAAUUAAAUGAUAAUAUCCGAUUAUGCUGC